CUGUUUAGUUCUCCAUUCAAAUUCAUAUGCAAAAGACGACGACGACUCUUACAUUUUCACUGCGAAGAUGUCGAUAAAGGGUCAAUGUUUCGUAUAUAUUCUACUUCUGGAAUACUGUGCCACAGCAGCUGCUGAAGAUAAACAGGUGGGCAAUGUGUUGCAGAGUAAAACCAUUCACAUUGUCGAUGUCAACGGGAGUGCGGGCUCUAUGCAGAUAAACGCAACAUACAAGAAUAUAAACACAGUAAAUAUUUCCAAUGCAAAUCAGAGUCUGUUAGCGGAUCUCAUUGGCACAGGCCUAAUAAAGUCUCCAGUGGCUUCGGCAGCAGAUGCGACGGCAGUCGUAAACGAGCUAAAAGCUCAAAUAAGCAGUCUGAAUGCCUCUGUGAACUACUUGGAGAGUUUACUGACAACGCACUUGGCUGAGAUGGAGAUGGAGAGGGAGAGGGAGAGAGAGAGGGAGAGGAGGCCAAGUGGUUGCUCUGCGAUCGAGAAUGCGAACAGUGUUCAGCUGAUCCAGAUUCCCGGCUACGCUCCAUUUCGAGUGCUCUGCGAUUCGGAUGUCGAGUGGAUUGUCAUACAGCGUCGCCACGAUGGCAGCAUUGACUUCUAUCGAAACUGGCAGGCCUAUCGCAAUGGAUUCGGCUACUAUCAAGGUGAAUUCUUUCUGGGCCUGGAGUACAUACACCAGCUGACCACAUCACGGCCAUAUGAGCUCUAUGUCGAGCUGACUGACUUUGAGAAUCGCAUGUUCUAUGCACGAUACGACAACUUUCUCAUCGGCAGCGAACAGGAGCAAUAUAUGCUGAAGUCUCUCGGCACGUACAGCGGCAAUGCCGGUGACUCAUUGAAAUAUAAUCUCUAUGACAAGUUCUCGACGUACGAUUACGACAACGACGCUUGGUCGGGCGGCAGCUGUGCCAGCUAUUAUGAGAGUGGCUGGUGGUACAAGUGGAAUGCCAAUAGUAACCUCAAUGGCAGAUAUAUGAAGGGCGGCGAGAAGAGUGUGAAGGGCAUCUGGUGGUACACACUGAAUGGCUAUUAUUCGCUAAAAUCCGUCGCAAUGUUCAUUAGACCGAAAUACACUUUGCUCUGAGCUAAGCAUACAAAGUAAACCGAUUAAAAACUGAUAAAGUCUGGCGAAAAUAUAAAUAAAUUAUUCGAU